GGUAUCUCCCCAUGUCAAAGUUGACGUGCAUACGGUCAUGUCUUUCUUUGUUACUUGCUACGUGCUAGCAAGUCCAAAGGGAAAGUGAUAGAGUACAAUCGUUUUCAAGAAAAAAAAAACACAUUCAACCAUAUCUGUAAGAGGAUUCAGUCUACUCAGCAGCUUCAAGCUCUGCAGGGACAGUGUCCAGGCAUCAACCACCACCACAGUCCUCACCCUCACUACGCAGAGGGACCAAGAGAGGAGAGGGUCAUGGCACAUAUGGCUGUCAAUCAUGAGCUCAUGGCUCAGCAAGAGCCCGCCAACUUAGCGAAAGCUCCAGCGAAAAAGCGAGGGAGAACGGCACAACCGAAGGAGCCCAAGCCACCCAAAAUGCCCAAGCCACCCAAGGAGCCCAAGGAGCCCAAGGCACCCAAGGCCAAACCGGGCCCCAAGGCCAAACCGGGCCCCAAGCCCAAGAAAGGCAAGGAGGGUCAAGAGGCAGACGGCACGCAGGGGAAAAUAGACGAGACCUUCAAGAAGGUCAAGAAGAAAAGGGACCGCUUCAAAGGCAUGACUGAGGAUGAGGUCAUGAGUAGAACUCUGACUGACAUCCUUGACUACAACCUGGACUAUGUUAUCAUUGGAAUCAACCCAGGUCUGGUGGCAGCCUAUGUUGGACGAUGGUUCCCUGGCCCUGGAAACCAUUUCUGGAAGUGCCUGUUCUUGUCCGGAUUCACUGAUGAGCAGCUUAACCACAUGAGCGACACCAGCCUGCCAGAGAAAUAUAAGAUCGGCUUCACCAACAUGGUGGCAAGGACAACGCCUGGAAGCAAAGACCUCUCAACCAAAGAGCUACGUGAGGGCGCCUUAAUUCUUGUCGAGAAGCUGAAAAAGUACAAGCCACUCAUAGCUGUUUUCAAUGGAAAAUGUAUCUAUGAAAUGUUCUGCAGAGAGAUGUUUGGUAAGAAGCCCAAAAAGCUUGACUUUGGUCUGCAGCCACACAAGAUACCGGACUGUGAAGUGGCAUUGUAUCUGAUGCCCUCGUCAAGUGCCCGCUGUGCCCAGUUUCCCCGUGCCCAGGACAAAGUGCACUUCUACAUCAAGCUGAGGGAAUUGAGGGACCAGCUCAGGGGCGUGGGCAGAUCUGACGAGAUUCAGGAGUUGGAGUACACCUUUGACCUGGGACUGGCCAAAGAGGACGCCAAGAGAAUGGCGAUCAAGGAGGAGGCGUACGACCCAGGCUAUGAGGCAGCCUUCGGCGGAGCGUACGGCGAGGGCGGGUCCGGGCUUGAGGAGGGCCAGAGCAACGGUCACUAACUUCUCGUCGGCUGUAAACACAGACGCUGCCAAGAAGGCAAACACUUACCAACCUCCUACGGCCGCCACCACCACAGAGGGACAACUCCCAGACAGACAGUGGAUGAUAAAGUCUUUCACUGAUCAGAUUCCAGACAUUGGUGGCUCUAAAGAACCACAGGCAUGGGCGGGCAAUGUAUAAGAAAGGGUAAAUGGCUCCUAACGAGCCCUAUCUAGACGUGCACAGACCUCAACCCCACACAUCCUUUACCCUCCCUUCAACAAGAAGCUGCACCUCAGUUUGAAGACUGAAAUGAUAGUUUUUUUAAUGAUUUUUAACAUUUUUAAUGGAUUUUUUUGCCGAGUAGGGAUAUACACUUGACUAGUUGAUAGAUGGAAUUGUCUAAAUUGAUCAUUUUUAAAGGAUUUGUGGAAUAUUAGCUUUUUGAUCUGGUUUUGUCAUACCGUGUGUUUGAUUGCCCGCAAGGCAGUCUUUUAAAUAUGUGAAAUCAGGGAUUUGACAAUUUGUUGUAAACUGUACUUUGCCACAGGCUGGCACAGUAGGUAUAAGCAAAGCAUGAAUACUGUAUUUGUUAAUGCUCUGACUGACAGUACAAAUGGCCCUAAAUCAAACUUUUACACACAGGUCAAACAGUCCUAAAUGAACCUGUGGCAAAACACAUACAGUAAGAUGAUACUGUAAGUAAUGCAUUGUGAAGUUUAGGAUUAGCUAGUAUUCUACUUUUAUAAAUUCUGUACCUUGAGGAGAACAGGUACUGAGUGAUAUGUGAACGAACUUGACACAUGGUCAAAAAGUGAUUCCACAGAGGGCAAUGUCUUCACAAGCCUUUUAUCAUGGAGUUGCAAUACUCAAGAUGGGUGCUAUAUAUUUUAUUUUGCUUUAUCUUAUAUUUAGUAUGUUUCUGAAAAUGUUGAUAAAAUUAUGGGGAUUUUCUAUUUUACUUGACAUUGUUAUUUUUUUUACUUUGCAGCCUGAAAAGAUAGUAUCAGGUAAUAUUGUUUUGUAAGAGUUCUGAAGGUGUGUUUAUUAAAAACCUUGUCUCUAGCCUUCGUUCUGUUAGCAGGUCAAUAAAUUAUCUUCUGUUGCAUCCUGAA